AUGGAGAAGUUGCCAACAAGAAUGUCGGCCGAGGCUCUCGAAAACAAGAUCCAAGUGCUGCUCAAGAAGGUGGUAGUCCGGCCAGUUCACAUGGAGGUUGUUAUGGAUCCAAUUAUGGGAAGGCCACGUGGUCACUGCUACUUGGAUUUCUUGGAUUCACAGUCAUCAGAGAAAGCAUUGGAGCUGGAUGGCCUCGAAGUUCCGGGACGUGGCUCUGGCGAUGGUCCGGUGAUUCUGACCGCAGGCUUCAGUAACGGCGUUUCCGUGUCGUUGGUUGCUUUAUUUUAUGUCGGAUGCUACGACGUCCUUCAAGAG